UGAAAAAGUGUCUGCUAGAACUAUUUUUGUUUAGGGAAAUAGCAAUUUCGCACAUUUUAGCUCUAAUUUGGGCUGUCUGACCGUUAAGAUUAUAUUAUCAUUUUGUUUUGAAAUAUGUUAACGCGUUAAAAUGCACGAAUCAUACGAGGCAGCUCCAAUAUUGGAGAAACUCCCACUGACGAUUGAAUCUAUUGCUUGUUAUGAAGAUAUUCUGCUUGUUGGAACUAAACAGGGACAUUUACUUCAGUACAAAGUGAAAAGAGUUAAAAGUUCAGGGGAAUCAAAAUUUGAAGUGAAUUUAGAAAGAUCAAAUAAAGCCUUUGCUAAAAAACCUAUCACACAGCUGGAAGCUGUACCCGAGUUAUUCAUCCUCAUUAGUUUAUCAGAUAAUGUGAUCUGUGUUCAUGAUUUAAUGUCAUUUGAUCUGGUGACAACUGUUAAUAAAACUAAAGGAGCAACUCUUUUCUCUGUUGAUCUUGAGAAACCAACAAAUUUAGAAGGAAAAAUACAGUAUAAUCUAAGAAUAUGUGUCACCUCAAAACGACGAGCUCAGUUUUAUUAUUGGAAGAAUCGCGAUUUCUACGAUUUAUUAAAUGAAUUAAGUUUGUAUGACAUGCCUAGAGCAAUGGCUUGGUGUAAAGAUUCUAUUUGUAUUGGUUUUAAAAGAGAUUAUUUUCUUAUUAAUUCGAAGAACGGUGAUUUAAAGGAAUUAUUUCCGUUAGGUAGUCGUCAACUGGAACCACUAGUCACCAAGUUAGCUGAUAAUCGGCUAGCCCUAGGUAGAGAUAUAAUGUCAAUCUUAAUAAACGCUGAGGGUGAACCAACACAGAAACAUCCUGUAAAAUGGUCGGAUAUACCAGUUGCAUUACAACAUGAUCCACCAUAUUUGAUAGCCAUAUUACCUAAAUAUGUUGAAAUCCGAACUAUUGAACCUCAGAGAAUAAUACAAAGUAUUGAUCUCAGCAAGGCCAGAUUUGUCUGUCAUGGAAGUGGCUGUGUGUAUGUAGCUUCUGCUAAUUUUGUGUGGCGUUUAGCCUCUGUAUCCAUUCCACAACAGAUUCGUGAUUUACUGCAGGGAAAAGAAUUUGAAUUAGCUUUAAGAUUAGCGGAAAUGACAGAAGAACCAGAGUUAGAGAAACAGAAAAGAAUUAGAAAUAUUCAGAAUUUAUAUGCUUUUGAUCUGUUUUGUCAACAUAGAUUUGAAGAAUCCAUGAAUUUAUUUGCUACAUUAGGAACUGAUCCAUCGAAUGUGAUUGGUUUAUAUCCGAACCUUUUACCUCAAGAAUAUCGUAAUCAAUUAGAAUAUCCCGAUAAAUUACCUGAUUUAGAGGGUGGAGAUUUAGAGAAAGGUCUUCUAGCUUUGAUUGAUUUCCUUAUGCAGAAAAGAAAUGAAAUGAUUGUAGACUUGAAUAAAGAUAUAUCAACCACGGCUAUAGUGGAGGGAAAUUCUGUCAUUAAAACUAAAAAACAACUCAGUCAGAUUAUAGAUACAACUUUAUUAAAAUGUUAUCUUCAGACUAAUGAUGCUCUGGUAGCACCGUUACUACGACUACAAGAUAAUAAUUGUCAUAUAGAAGAAAGUGAAAGAAUAUUAAAAAGAAAAGAGAAAUUUAGUGAACUGAUUAUUUUAUAUCAGAAGAAAGGAUUACAUCAGAAAGCUUUGAAUUUGUUAAUGAAGCAAGCAGCCAGACCCGAUUCUCAAUUAAAAGGUCAUGAUAGAACAGUAUCAUACUUACAGCAUUUAGGAGUCGAUCACUGGGAUUUGAUUAAAGAAUACUCUGAGUGGGUAUUAAAAAAACAUCCAGAAGAUGGUUUAAAGAUAUUUACGGAAGAUUUACCAGAAGUAGAAAGUUUACCAUGUGAUAAAGUUUUAGAUUAUUUAGAGAAUAUUAGUACAGAUUUAGCCACUCAAUAUUUGGAACAUGUGAUAUUACAUCUGAAUAACGAGACUCCAGAUUUCCACAAUCGUUUAAUAUUAAUGUAUAAAAGUCAUGUAUCCCAGUUAAUGAAAGAUUAUAUUAAUUCUCUUCCUGAAGCAGGUCAUCCACCAAACAAUCCCGGACAAGAACCAGGUGAAUUGGGUGAUUAUAGAAGGAAGCUGAUUGGUUUCCUGUAUAAAUCACAAUGUUACAUUCCAGAACGACUAUUAACAAGAUUCCCUCUAGAUGGUUUUUAUGAAGAGCGAGCUAUAUUAUUAGGUAGAUUAGGUCGACAUGAACAAGCUUUAGGAAUAUAUAUACAUGUUUUACAUGAUACCGUCAAGGCAGAAGAGUACUGUGCUUCUCAUUUUGAUGGCGAGAGUGAAAGCAAUAAAGAUGUUUAUGUACAUUUAUUGUAA